GCCAACGGUGGUGGGGGCUGGGCCCAGGGCUGGGGCUGGGACCGCUGUAUGCAAUGGGAACCAGGGCCCGGAGAGGGGGCCCAGGCCCCAGCGUUUGACUGCCCAGUCUGGUGUGUCCUCUGCCAGGGAUGCAGGGCUAGGCUCAGGGAGGCCUGCCAGAGAGGGAGGGGGGCCAUCAGACUGCCCACAGACAUGCUUAGCAUCAAACUCCCCCAGCUCUUUGACAUCCACCAAGUCCCCAAGGUGUUCCGGGAGGAUGGCAUCAUCUCGGGAUACCGUCACCCCCAAAGCUCCGCCCUGGACUGCAUCCUUAGCAGCUUCCAGAUGACCAAUGAGACAGUCAACAUCUGGACCCACUUCCUGCCCACAUGGUACUUCCUGUGGCGCUUCAGUGUCCUGUGCUCCACACUGAACUUCCUGUCGGAGAGCUACACCUGGCCGCUGCUGGUGUACAUGCUGCUAAUCUGCGUGUACCCCUUCACCUCCAGCUGUGCCCACACCUUCAGCACCAUGUCCCCCGAGGCACGCCACAUCUGCUACUUCUUCGACUACGGCGCCCUCAGCCUCUACAGCCUGGGUUGUGCCAUAACCUAUAGCUCCUAUGUGAUGCCUGACUGCUGGGUCAACAGCUGGCUGCACCAACACUUUGUGCCCAUCGCCAUCUGCAACACACUAUUCUGCACCAGCCUGUCCUGCUAUUCUAGAUUCCUGGAGAUGCAGUUUCCACACCGGAGUAAAAUUCUCCGGACUGGGGCAUUUGUCUUUCCAUUCAUCUUUGACAACAUCCCUCUAUUUUACAGACUGCUGCUGUGCUGCGGGGGCAGCUGCUGUCACAGUGAGGCCCUGCCCAGUCACUGUUACCACCUCCUCUUCGCCUUCCUCACCUGCUUCCUGUUUGCCUCACACCUCCCAGAGAGGCUGGCCCCGGGGCGCUUCGACUACUUUGGUCACAGUCACCAGCUUUUCCACAUCUGUGCCGUGGUGGGUACCCACUUCCAGAUGGAGGCGGUGCUAGCAGAUAUGACCUCACGCAGGGCGUGGCUCAUCGCGCAGGCGGCCGUACCCUCCUUCCUGAGUACCCUGGGGGCACUGGCCCUCGGCAUCAUCCUCAACCUAGGCAUCAUUGGCAUCUUCAGUGCCCCUCUGCUGUGGAACCCUCACCACAGUGCCAACCACCCACUGACGCCACCCACGAAACGCAAGCAACAGUGACACUCCCCACAACCAGUGACCACCCAGUAUGUUCAAAUUAAAAGUUUGGCUAAACCAUUCUACCAGUCGUGAACUUUGGAAAUAAUAACCAUAAGACGUUAUAUUAUACCUUUUAAAACCAGGUAGUUUUUGUAUAAACCCAUUGGAUUAUUAUCACAGAAUGGUUUUUCUACAUGUUAUUCUAACGUCAAUUUAAGGUUUGUUUAGGAGUUUAUUAAUGUCUUCACUGUUUACUUUGACGCCGAAUACCCAGCUAUUUUUAUGAAGCCUUUCAGUUAUUCAGUAUCAUUGUUUACUGUUAAAAGUUGUGGAGGUAUUUCGAGUUAAAGUAUCAUAUGCCAACUUCUUUUCACUUAUACUUGAAAGGAUCUGGGUUGUAUGAAGCAUAUGUGAUGUCUAACAACACAUAAAAGUGCCUUCUUUUAUAUAUAGUGACCCAAAUGUUAACUAAGUACUCGUAAAUAUUAUUUCUGGUUUGUGUAAAUCUCAAACUGGAAAAAUCUUUAACUGUAAAUUUGCAGGGAAUUUUCAUAUUAAUAUAUAAAUAUUUAGCUACUGUUUUUCAAUUGUCCUAUAUAUUUGUAAGCCAUUAUUAGAACAUCUCAAAACCCAUAUUUAAUAUAAAUUAUGACUGACCAUUACAUGAUUCUCAUGACUUCUAAAAUAAUCUGUACUCUCACUAACUGGAGUACUUAGUAUGAUUCCACCAUUUUGUUUUAAUAUUCAAUACCAUCUCAUUUAAAUCUCCACGAUGACUUUAAUAGAUUUACAGACCAGUGUAGUGCUCAUUCAGAUUGCCUGCUCUAAACAUCUACACGCUUAGAAAAAAAGGUGCUAUCUAGAACCUAAAAGGGUUCUUCGACUGUCCCCGUAGGAGAACCCUUUA